AUGGCAGAGCUUCUCCAAGAAAUGUCUUCAUACACACCACUUGAAGCUGCAAUUCCUCCAGUGCCUACAAAUGAGAUUCUGACUGAUCUUCAAUGGGAGACACUUCUGGCUUUGGCUGAUACUGUCAUACCAUCUGUCCGCGUAAGUGGAGACGCUUCGUCCAGCCAAAAAGCUGUCACAGACAGCCAAUUUGAAUCUGCUGUGUCGAAACUGGCGGUAAACAUCAAGGCGUCCAACGCUACAGACGUAGCCAGGGCCUAUCUGCAAGAAGAUGUCUCGUCUCUUCAAGGAUUCAGAGAUGGUCUGCAGUGCCUCUUUGCAAACGACGUCCAUGAAGAAGGCCGCAAAGGACUGUGUAUGAUAUUGGAUGUUCUCAACACUCGCGCGGGGGCACUUCUCCUGACUGGUUCGAUGAUUCCAAUCCAAAAACAACCAUUGAAAGUCCGUGAACAAAUUUUUACUGCAUGGGGGUCUUCUCGAUUGCCCCCUAUUCGUCUCAUCCACAGAUCUUUGCUGGCCAUGUUCAAGAAGACAUGGAUGAUAUCUAGCCCUACAUUGCCGAUCGCUGUGGGAAUUCCUCGGGUUCCCGUGCACGGGAAGCCCGCCGACGGUUUCGAAUACGAAUUUCUACAGUUUCCCCCAGGCAACGACCUGGAAAUCAUCGAAACAGAUGUGGUGAUUAUAGGCAGCGGCUGUGGAGGUGCUGUCACCGCUAAGAACCUUGCUGAAGCAGGUCAUCGCGUUUUGGUCGUCGAAAAGUCAUACCAUUACCCAUCGAGCUACUUCCCCAUGGAAACCAGCAAAGGUCUUGUGAACAUGUUUGAAGGAGCGGGCUCAGCUCUUACUGAUGAUGCAUCGGUUGCCCUCUUCGCAGGUUCAACCUGGGGUGGUGGCGGCACGAUCAACUGGGCCUGUUCACUGCAAACCCAAGCCUUCGUACGCAAGGAGUGGGCUGAUUCAGGCUUGCCCUUCUUCACGUCCGCCGAGUUCCAGAACUCCCUGGAUCGCGUCUGUGAUCGUAUGGGUGUUAAUUCGAAGCACAUUAAACACAGCCGGCAAAAUCAAGUCAUUCUAGAUGGUGCUCGAAAGCUCGGAUAUGAUGUCGAUGUCGUUCCACAGAAUACUGGCGAUGAAGAGCACUACUGUGGAUAUUGUACAAUGGGAUGCGCCGCGGCAGGCAAGAAGGGACCAACUGAAACCUGGCUGGCGGAUGCAGCAAAGGCUGGUGCGAUCUUCAUGGAAGGUUUCAAGGCGGACAAGAUUACCUUCACUGAAACAGGUGGAUUUUUGAGCAGAGAAAAGAUUGCCACUGGUGUGGAAGGAACCUGGACCCCGAGAGACUCGUAUCUAGUCCCGGAGCAGGGCAAUGCUACAAAACGGAAGAUUGCGAUCAAAGCGAAGAAAGUGAUAGUGUCAUGUGGCACUUUCAACAGUCCUCUUUUACUUCUUCGUAGCGGCUUGCAAAAUUGGAACAUCGGUCGAAAUCUUCACUUGCACCCAGUGCUCUUUGGCGCCGCCGUCUUCGACGAUGAGAUCCGACCUUGGGAGGGCUCUGCUCUGACCACUGUGGUCAAGGAUUUCGAAAACCUUGAUGGCCGAGGCCACGGUGCUAAGGUCGAAACAACCGUCACACUGCCGCCACUUUAUCUCCCAACCUUCCCCUGGCGUGAUGGACUCGAUUACAAGAUGUUUUGUGCCAAUCUAAGCCACAUGACAAGCUUCAUCUCCAUCACCCGAGAUCGAGAUAGUGGGCGGGUCUAUCCAGAUCCCGUUGAUGGAAGGAUACGUGUACAGUACACGCCUUCGGCAUUCGAUCGACAAAGCGGUCUGGAAGCAUUGAUUGCCAGUGCGAAGAUAGCAUAUGUUUCCGGCGCAAAGGAAUUUCACACUUCCUACGCAGAUAUGCGACCGUUCUAUCGAUCCGAGCGGACUUCAAAAUCCGACGAAUUUGAUGAGGGUGUGAAUGAUCCGCAAUUCCAGAAAUGGGUUGAUGAACUCCGUCUGAAAUCGCCUCUCAAUGUCGAGAAAUGUUUCUAUUCCAGUGCACACCAGAUGGGAACAUGCCGAAUGGCUAGCACUGCAGCCAAAGGUGUUGUUGACCCCGAGUGCCAGGUCUGGGGCGCCAAGGGGCUAUAUGUGAUCGAUGCAUCGAUUUUCCCAAGUGCUAGUGGCGUGAACCCAAUGGUCACCAACAUGGCUAUUGCUGACUGGGCCAGUAAAAACUUAUCAAAGAAAAUGAGGAAAGAAGAAAGCGCUGAAGCCCCGUCUGCGCGGCUGUAG